CUCCCGCCCUUGCGCCUAGACGCUGCGUCUCUGCCCCUCGUGUGGCUCUCGGGACAGACAAGGCCUUCCCGAGCAACCUCCCGCGGGGUGAAUGCAGCUGCAGCCACGUUGCUCGGCCUGCGGCGUUGGGUGUCCGACGCACCUGCGAGCGGGUCGGAGGGGCCGUCCAUGAGCAUCCAGCUCUGCCUCGGCUGCGCUGCCUCUGCCGAGGCGCCCUGGAGAAUCCUUCUUUCGCUCCCGGCACGCACAGCUGAGGCGGCCGAGGCGAGGGAGCGACGAGAUGUGGCUGCCUGACAGGCCGACACACGUACGCUGUGCCCGCCGCGACAGGCCUCCGCCGCCCACGGGCAGCUCGGAAAGCCCCUCAUAAGGCGGAGCCUGCCGCUCUUGCUCUGCCCUUUCCUCAUCCUCCUUCUCCACUCGACCGACUACCGCUCGCCAUGAAGCUCCUCCACCUCUCCGGCCUUCUGGCACUCCUCAUCGUGGCGCUCAGCGCCCGCGCCGAGCUCGAGCCGCGCGCCGUGACCCGCCCGCGCCUGCCCGGCAGCAAGGUCCUCCCCAAGAAGGCCGCCGUCGUCCAGAAGGCACCCAACCGCUACACGCAGUUCUGCGCCAAGUACCAGGCCGCUUGCGUCGGCGCCGCGAUGGACGGAAAGGCGUCUGGUCCCGUGGACAUCAAGUUCAGCUGUAAAAAGGCUGUGAACAACAUAAACUACGUAUUUGGCUGCAGCGCGAACGGCAAGAACCUCAACAGCCAGGCCCUCCGCAACCUCGGCAGCGGUGCCACGAUCACUGCGACCAAGGUGGUCAACGGUGUGCCCGUCACCGUCACGACGCAGGCUCUUGCCACGGCUACCCAGAUCGUGACCUCGAUUGCUACGUCCGUCAUCACGAGCACCGCGACGGUCCCUACGGCUACGGUCACUACGACGCUCCUGAGCAACGGCGAGGGCGGCGAGACCUACCCGGUCACGGACUACGUCAUCGCCCCCGCCGUGCCGGGCUCCAGCCUCAGCCGCCGCGACGGCGCCGAGUUCUGCGGCCUGUACCUCGCGCAGUGCGACACCGAGUGCAAGAAGGUCGGCACCGUGAGCCGGACCCGCGUGUGCAAGAUCCAGAACGAGCUCGAGGGCCAGUACUCGCUCUCGUGCAUCUGCCGCAACCGCCGCGUGCGCACGCAGACGGCCCUGCUCGCCAUGGCCAAGGACGUCAAGGUCGUUGAGGUCCUGAGCACCGCCACCGCCACCAACACGGCCACAACGACGAGCACCUCCACGGCACAGGUCGAGACCGUAGUCACUACGACCCUCUACGCCACGACGACGCUCAGCCAGGGCACUGCUACGUCGACCACGAUCUACGCGCUUGCCCCCACGGGCCGCCUCGUCGCCAAGGACGCCAGCACGGACGCCCGCCUCGGCACCGUCAACGGCAACGGCCUCCCGGGCAUCGACUCGACGGACUCGCAGUACAUGUUCGUGCGCGACGGACCCUCGGGCCUGUACGCCUUCUCCGACCUCGCCGGCAACUUCCUCGUCGGCGAGCAGAACAAGGACGCGGCCAACUUCGCUCCCAACUCGGCCGACUACGCCCUCCUCAACCUCGGCCCCUCCAGCCAGACGGGCCCGCAGCAGCCGAGCGGCGUCGGCCAGGGCAACCAGCAGGGCUACGAGACGUACAUCUACAACGUGCACCCGCUCGCCGCCGGUGGUCUCGAGAUCACCCCCGUCUGGACUCAGUCGACGGGCCGGUACGCCAAGACGUCGUGGCUGACCCUCCUUAAGGAGGGAACCUUCUAUUACUUGUUCGCGUCGCCCGGUACGUCAAGCUCGCUGCCAGCCACAUCGAGAGCUCCUACUGACACCGCACCACAGACGCUGCCGCCUUCCGCCGUGCCUACCCCUACACGGACGGAACGCAGACCAAGGACAUCCGCCUCUUCCUCGAGGCCCCCAACUAAGCGCUGGUUCCCGAGUGGCGUGCGCCGCCCGUCCUUGCUCGCUGCACCGGCCUCCCUCCACAGACUGUCCUUUUCCGUUACCCCGUGGCACUGACCGCGCUCCGGCGCUAGCUCGCACUCUAGACCCAGCCCACACUCUCUUGGCCGUCGCAGCGAUGCGCACGCACCUUGAACCGCUGCAAAUGUCACCGUUUUCCCCCGCACUGCGCGCCAUGUUGCGACCAGCGAGUGAGACGCGAGACGGUGGCGGAGGAGAGGAUGCAUGGGCGACGGCCGCGGCGCUGCGCGGGCCGCGCGCGUGCCG